AUGGCCCCCGCAAGAGGCUUAGCGGCUCUCAGAGAGGCGCGUGCAAAGGGUGGAAGAUUAGGGCAAUGGAAGCCAUCAGAGUCCGAGCUUUACGAUGAAGUGACAGACGAUCAAUAUCGAUCCAUCGUGGGAGAACGUCUGGAAGCCGAUGAUUUCAUUGAAGACGAUGAUCAAGGUGGAUAUGUAGAUAAUGGAAUGGACGAUUGGGAUGGAGCGAGAGAUGAGGACGAUGACAGUGAUGAUGAAGAUGCGUUCGAAGGUGAAGAUGAAGAGUUCAAGAAAGCUCGUCAAUUGAAAAAGGCAAAGGCGAAAGCAAGGGCGAACGCAGGAAAACCAUUACCUAAAACAAACAAGCCAAAAGCGAAAUCUGCUUUCUCGGAUUAUGCCAGACCUGUAGCUUCUUCUUCUUCUUCAACGACCUACCGACCUGCACCAAAUGCGAUGCAAGAAGAUGAUUUUAUGGCUUCAUUAUUAUCUUCCGUAACAUCCGCAUCAAACGAAAACGCUGCUAGGAAAAGAAAAUCAUCGCCUGAUAUACCAUCUUCAGAAGGUUUACAUCCUUCAUCAGAUUCAUCCUUCUUCUCUUCAGCUGGCGCUGGAAGUGGAAGAAAAAGGUAUGGUAUAGAAGAUGAUGAUGAUGGGGACGAAGAUGAUCAACCUGUUUGGGACUCAAAAAGAGGUAUAAUGGCUACCGGUAAAAAACCAAGAAUGUCAGAUAUCACUAUAGUACCUUCAAGGAAUCAUGACCAAGAAAAUAACGAUGAUGACGAUUUCAUCAUGGAUACAGGAGACGAUAGUUCAAUUAUGGUCAAGCCUGAACCUAGAGAUAAAGAUGGCGAUGAUGAGGAUGACGAAAUGCAAAUUAGAAAAAUCAAACCACUGUCAUCGGCAACUACUAAACUCAACGGGGUAGCUUCAAACGUACGAAGAAAAGUAAUCAAUUCAUCUUCUGUCAAACACGUGAUAAAACCAGAUCCAGUGAUAGUCAAAGCGGAGCAUAUGGAUGAAGAUAAUAUUGCAAUUGUUAAACCUCGUCCAGCUUCUACCGUAUCCAGAAACGGUAAAGCCACUCCCGUUGGGUCAGCACAUUGGUCUUCUAUCCAAGAAUCAUUAUUACCUCAAUCUUCACCCAAAGUAUCGGAAUUGGACGAAGUGAGGGCUCCCGUAGGUUCAACGAAAGCUGAAAAUGUCUUGGAAAAAGAUGGUAGCUUGAGUAUGUUCUGGUUGGAUCAUUUUGAACAGGAUGGUGUCGUCUUGUUUGUGGGAAAAGUACUAGAUAAGCAAACUGGCAAAUACGUUAGUGCGUGUGUUAGCAUCAAUGGGAUAGAAAGAAAUCUAUUCGUAAAACCUAGAGCAAAAAGAAUCGUACAAGGACAUGAAACAGAUGAAGAAGUUUCUCGUACAGAUGUGUUUUCGGAAUUUGACAAUAUCCGUCGUAAAGCGGGUAUCGAAGAAUGGGCAGCAUCUUACGUGCAACGUAAAUACGCAUUUGAGGAUAAAUCAGUAGAAAAAGGCGAAAGUGAAUGGAUGAAAGUGGCAUAUGGCUUCGAUCAACCCGAGAUACCGAUGGGAACCACUGGGCAAACAUUCAGUCAUGUCUUUGGUACGAAUACGACACCUUUCGAAUUGCUCGUUGUGAAGCGGAAAAUCAUGGGUCCGUGUUGGCUGAAGAUUGAGAAUCCUACUCUCAGUACCAAAUCAGCAUCAUGGUGUAAAAUAGAAUUCAGUGUCACCGAUCCAAAGACUGUAAACCCAUUCUCUGAAACCGACUCUUCCGCUCCCAAGGAUACACCUCCUCUGACAAUCAUGUCUAUUUCCCUGCGUACUAUCGUGAAUCACCGAGAAAACAAGACUGAGCUGUUAUGCGCUACAACGAGAACGUGGGAAGGAUGCAAUAUUGAGGAUCCAACACCGCCUGAUCAACUACGUUCUUCCUUGAGUACCAUCAUUCGACCCAUUGAGAAAUUCCCACCUGGACUAGAAGCAAGAGGCAAGACGGAUAGGUCACCCUUUCAAACCGUCAAAGCUGAAAGAGCACUCCUGAACUCUCUUCUUGCGACUAUUCAAAGACAUGAUCCAGAUGUUUUGGUGGGACAUAAUUUCCUCGGCAAUUCUUUCGAAGCUUUGCUGUAUAGAAUGAAGGAAUUGAAGGCGGAUCAUUGGUCUAGAAUAGGUAGAUUCAGAAGAAAAGGUUUCAACAUUAGUAAAGGAGGUAGUAAUCACCGUUUGCUUGCGGGAAGAUUAGUAGCCGAUCUGUCCAGUGAUGCAGCCAAGGGAAUGAUAUCUUCAACAACGUGGUCCUUGACUGAGAUGUGUGCGACACAUCUCAAAAUCCAAAGAGAAGAUGUCGAUCCUGAAGAUACCCACAGUUAUUUCGACCACACACUCACUUCACCUGAUAGGCUGGUGAAAUUCAUUAGAUUGUGUGAAGUCGAUGCUUUCUUUCAAAUGGCAAUUGCAGCAAGGGUUCAAAUGUUACCUUUGACCAAACAAUUGACUAAUUUGGCCGGUAACUCAUGGAAUCUAACGUUGAAUGGAGGAAGAGCUGUUCGAAAUGAAUUCAUUCUGUUGCACGAAUUUCAUAGAUUGAAAUAUGUCUGUCCUGAUAAAGCUCCGUUCAAGAAAAAUAGACCAUCACACAAUGACGAUGAUGAUCCAUCAACAACGGAAGAUAUAGUCAAUAAACCAAUAAGAGGAAAGGCGAAAUAUUCAGGUGGUUUGGUAUUUGAGCCGAAAAGAGGUUUAUGGGAUACGUACAUCUUAGUCAUGGACUUCAAUUCGCUAUAUCCAAGUAUCAUCCAAGAAUAUAACAUCGAUUUCACAACUGUUGAAAGGGAAAUGGAAGAUGAUCAAAUUGAAGAAGAGAAAAUACCAGAUGUUCCUGCUUCAGAUGUAGCUCAAGGUGUUUUACCUAGAAUUAUCGCUACCCUUGUCAAUCGAAGAAGACAAGUUAAAGGUCUGAUGAAGGAUAGAUCUGCUACUCCUGCUCAGCUUCUACAGUACGAUAUCCGACAACAAGCUUUGAAGCUCACUGCGAAUUCGAUGUACGGUUGUCUGGGUUUUGCCGGUUCUCGAUUCUCAUCUAGACCUCUAGCGGCGUUGACUACUUUUAAAGGUCGUGAGAUUUUGACACAUACCAGGGAAUUAGCGGAAUCUCUCCAGCUGGAUGUCGUUUACGGAGACACAGAUUCGGUCUUCGUUAAUUCCAAUGUGACAUCUUUACCUGAAGCUCACAAGAUAGCCAAUGAGUUCAAGAAACUAGUAAAUGAACGAUAUAAACUCCUUGAAAUUGACUUGGACGCGGUAUUCGAACGAAUCUUAUUGCUGAAUAAAAAGAAAUACGCUGCUGUAAAAAUUGAAGAAAAUGGUGAGAGGAAAACCGAAGUCAAAGGUCUGGACAUGAAACGAAGAGAGUUUAGUAAGGUUUCCAAAGAUGCCAGUAGCGCUGUCUUGAAAGAAGUACUCAGUGGAGAAUCAACUGAAGUUGUUGUCGAGAAAAUUCAUGAAUUACUCACGAACCUUGGGGAGGCAGUAAAGAAUGGAUCGAUUCCCUUAGAAGAGUUCAUCAUCUUCAAGCGACUCGGAAAAAACCCCGAAGAUUAUCCUGAUAAGAAAUCUCAACCCCACGUCCAAGUUGCUCUGCGAAUGAAAUCAAAGGGAGCAUCAGUGAGAGCCCAUGAUGUAAUACCAUAUAUCAUGUGUCUCGACGAAGAUGGGAAAGGAGGGAAAACUGCUCAAGCUGAAAGAGCUUUCCAUCCUGAUGACCUGAGAAGGCAGGGCUCUGAAUUGAAGAUUGAUUACGACUUCUACCUUGAUACUCAAAUUUUGCAACCUAUCCUAAGGUUAUGUGAGACCAUCGAAGGUACUGAACGAGCUCGUCUAGCAGAAUGCCUAGGUCUCGAUCCCUCCCGAUACGCUUCAUCAGGAUCCGGGCCUUCAGAGGAAAAGCAAUUCUUCACAUUUGAAUCUCAAAUUUCCGAUAAAGAGCGAUUCAAGGACACUGAACCAUUACAACUGAGAUGUGUGUCUUGUGAAAGUAGUUUCACCUUCCAAGGUUUAAUGGAAGAGAACUCAAACGUCCAGCCUGUUGGAAUAUCAUGUUCGGCAUGUCACGCGAUCCUUCAUCCAGCUUCUGUAUCUAUACAACUUGAAAAUCAUAUUAGAUCUCACAUAUCGAAAUAUUAUCUAGGUUGGACAGUUUGUGAUGGGGGAGGAUGCGGAGCCAGAACGAGGAUGAUGAGUGUUUAUGGAAAAAGAUGUCUAGGCCUGACUAAAGAAGGCUGCAAAGGUAAUGUGAAGUUGGAGUACUCUGAUGGUAUGCUAUAUAAUCAAUUAUUACAUUAUCGAAGUCUUUUUGAUACGGAAAAAGCUAUGUCUUCAGCUAGAGGAUCAGCACGUUUUGAGGAUAUACGAGCGUUGGUGUUACCCAAUACAGCACUUUUCGCACAACUGGUAUCUGUUUCUGACAAAUAUUUAGAUAAGAAUGGAAGAAGAUUUGUUGAUAUGAAAGGUCUUUUUGGCUUUAUGGAAAGGAUAAAACUUUAG